AGGUUUCAUUUCUCUCUUCAUGUCUUCACCCCAUUUCUUAUCCAGUUUUUACUUUCAUUUCCCUUUUCAGCCAAAAUUCCAUUGUUGUAGUUCUUCAGAAGGGCAGCAACAUGGAUGCCUUCUCCUCCUCCUUUCUCUCUACAUUUCCAUCAUCCAAACUCCUCUCUCCUGCCUCCCUUACCCGUACACAAUCUUAUGUUCCUCUUAACGUUUCCUCUGUUAGAAUUGAAGAAAAGCCACCAACAAACACUAAAACCUCCACCACCACUACCAAAAAACCAACCCAACCUCCUAAUGUCCCAAAAUCCUCACCUCAGCCUAAGAAGGUUGCUGCCCUAACAGGAGCAAAGAGAAGGGUAGAACCCACGAUGCCUACAGUGAUCUUCAGUGCAUUUGACGACAUCAUCAACAACUUCAUAGACCCUCCAAUCCGUCCCUCAGUUGAUCCCAGACAUGUCCUCUCUGCUAACUUUGCUCCUGUGGAUGAGCUUCCUCCGACGGAGUGUGAGGUGGUGGAGGGAUCCCUCCCACCGUGUCUUAACGGCGCAUACAUACGAAACGGCCCUAAUCCCCAGUACCUUCCUCGCGGACCUUACCAUCUCUUUGAUGGUGACGGUAUGCUUCAUUCUAUUAGAAUCUCCCAAGGCCGUGCAACUCUCUGCAGUCGUUACGUGAAGACUUAUAAGUACACCAUGGAACGUGAUGCUGGUGCUCCUCUUCUUCCCAAUGUUUUCUCUAGCUUCAAUGGCCUUACUGCCUCUGCAGCUCGUGGUGCUUUAUCUGCUGCUAGAAUCUUAGCCGGUCAAUUCAAUCCUGCAAAUGGCAUCGGUCUUGCAAAUACUAAUUUGGCCUUCUUUGGCAACCGUCUCUAUGCCCUUGGUGAGUCUGAUCUGCCUUAUUCUAUGCGUUUGACAUCUAAUGGAGAUAUAGAGACACUGGGACGCCAUGAUUUCGAUGGAAAGCUGUUCAUGAGCAUGACUGCUCACCCCAAGAUUGACCCUGAAACAGGUGAGGCCUUUGCUUUCCGGUAUGGUCCCAUGCCUCCAUUUCUCACCCUCUUUUACUUCGAUGCAAAUGGAAAUAAGCAGCAAGACGUGCCCAUUUUCUCCAUGACCCGUCCAUCUUUCCUCCAUGACUUUGCCAUCACAAAGAAUUAUGCCAUAUUUGCCGACAUCCAAAUUGGGAUGAACCCCAUGGAAAUGAUCUUCGGAGGAGGUUCUCCAGUUGGGUCUGAUCCAACCAAAGUUUCAAGACUUGGCAUCAUCCCUCGUUAUGCAAAAGACGAGUCAGAGAUGAAAUGGUUUGAUGUGCCAGGAUUCAACCUUAUACAUGCCAUCAAUGCGUGGGAGGAGGAUGAUGGCAACACAGUAGUCCUGAUAGCACCAAAUAUUCUAUCCGUGGAACACACGCUGGAGAGAAUGGAACUUGUUCAUGCUUUAGUGGAGAAGGUAACAAUCAAUCUGAAGACGGGGUUAGUAAAAAGGGACCCCAUUUCAGCAAGAAAUUUGGACUUUGCAGUGAUAAAUCCUGCAUACACGGCAAAACAGAACAAGUAUGUAUACGCAGCAAUAGGCGAUCCAAUGCCGAAAAUUUCAGGAGUAGUGAAGUUGGAUGUGUCUAAUGGAGAACGCCGGGAGUGCACGGUGGCUAGCAGGAUGUACGGACCAGGGUGCUACGGUGGAGAACCCUUCUUUGUGGCGAGGGAACCGGAUAACCGAGAGGCAGAAGAGGAUGAUGGAUAUGUGGUGUCUUAUGUUCAUGAUGAAAAUACAGGAGAGUCAAGGUUCUUGGUGAUGGACGCUAAGUCACCAAACCUUGACAUUGUGGCAGCGGUGAGGCUGCCUCAUCGGGUGCCUUACGGUUUCCACGGGCUGUUUGUUAGAGAAAGCGACCUCAAUAAGCUGUGAUAGUAAUACAUACCAUCCAGAAUCAGUAACAAAAUUUCUCAAUUUCAUAUUUGUAAUACUCGUAAAUGUUACAUUGAUUAAUAUAAAUGCAGACUGCACAUACACAUAAGCAAUUCUAAAUUAUUUACUUUUUGAUUUGAAGGAUGCAGGAGGAACAAAGGAAAGGCAAAGUCAAGCAUUUUUUUCUUUUUUCUUUUUUUGGGUAUGGUAGAAGAGAUAUAUGUUUGUUGUGGGACCAGGAAUAACGUGGUUGAGGUUUU